GGACAUUCGAAGAAUGUUCAAAAUUCGAGGUCAAGUCGUCUACCUCUGGAGUUUCGUUUCUCACACCGAUUAGUCAAUUACUGGAAUUCUAUAUUGUAUCAGAUUAUAACAUUGAAUAAAGUCAUUAAUAAUAAUAAUAAUGCUUCUCUACCGGAACACGUAAUAUCAGUACCUUCUGUUGUUAUAUUGAACAAGUGAUUAGUACUUCAUAGUGUUUUAAACUGCAACAAAUAAUAGAUGAUAGACCUUUCUUUAUUACUGAAGACUGAAAUAUCGUUCAAGUUCGAAACCUCGGCCACAACGAAAUUUUAAUUUGCACCGUAUUCUUUUAAUGUGUGGCGGCCUUCGGUCCAGCACGUUUUAACUUUGUGUUUCUAUCAUGACUACGUUCGGUGCAAAACUGGAGCAUCUUUUAUGCUCCAGGGCUGAAAUUAUCAGCCGAAUGCACAGGCCCCCACCAGCUGAAGGGAAUGAUUUGGAACGCCUUUUGAACCUACCUCCGAACACAAACUCGGCUAUACAGGCGCCACCACCCAAUGUUCCAGUUUGGCCGGAUGAACAGGCAGCAGCAUUUUGCGCAGUUGCUCCUCCUAUUGAAACAUUCAUGGAUGUUCCUGAUGAAAUCCGUCGGGACCAAUUUUAUGCUACAUGUCGACGUGAUGAUGUAUUAGUGGGUGUUAUCAGUGUUAUACAAGAUUCAGGUCUUGUAGUCUCUAUUCUGGCAUAUGAUCAAGGACCUCGACGGGAUUUUGAAGGUCUAAAGAUCACGGGCUUUUGUCCAUUGCGACAACUUCCGCGAUAUAAUGCUCACGGCAACGCUUUGGACGCUUUUCAAAUCGGUGACAAAGUUCGUGCAUUUAUUCUUGACAUUCAUGGAGGUGGACGUCUGAUAUUAAGCAUGAAUGCGAAGAUGCUUAAUCGUGAUACUUAUGGGGAUCUGAAACUUGGUAUCAUAACGGAUGAUGAUAUGCCUCUGUAUUACAAGAAACUUCAGAAUUUGGAUGGCAAAUCGUAUGAAGCCUACCUUGAAUCAACACCACAAUUUCGUAACCCAGAUGGUCUUCAAGUUUUGUGCGCUCGCAUGGGAAUACCACGUUCAUCAGCAUGUAGUCUUCUAUUUUGUAUUAAUAAAAUCCGAUUACCAAAAUCAGAGAUGGCUUGUGAGCUUAGACGUACCCAGUUGCUAAAUUUUUCAAUGAAGCAUGUCGCUCAAGGUGUAAAAUAUUUCAAGGAAAGCCGAAACACUGAAGCUUUACAGUGUUACAAUUUCGCGAUUGAAGUUGAACCAACUAAUCCUGAUGCCUAUGUUGCCCGUGGUGCUCUCUAUGCCUCGAUUGGUACGUACACAAAGGCAGUGGAGGAUUUGGAGAAAAGUCUUGAAAUCCAACCAAAUCAUGUUAAUGCUAAGAAUUAUCUGGUUCAGACGUUAGUUGCAUAUGCUGGAGAAAUUGGGCGUAAGGAAAUAAGUAAGGCAGAACAAUUAAUAAAUCGGGCACUUAAGUUGGAUCCUGACAAUAAUGAAGCCCGAGAUGCACUGAAAGAACUUCAAACUAACGGAUCUCUCUCUACUAACAAGGAUGCUGGUUUGCGAUCCUGGUCACGAACUCCUUCUCCACGUGGUUCAAGCCGAAAUGUGGGUAACAAACGUGACCACACUCCUCUUUCUCCAACUGCAGUUCGUCCAAGUGCGGGUUAUGCCACUCAUAUGGAACGUAGUAGAGCUGCUCUAGAACAGCUUGUUGAAGAAGAUCGUAGUCGACGUGCUGCCAAAGAGGCUAAUCGUCAAAACCACGCUCCCGACCAAAGCCCUCCAGGAUUUUUGUCUCCCAAUCGCUCUCAUGAACGACGAAGAGGAGAUUAUUAUCGCGAUGAUAUAAAAUCUUCUGGUGGUGGUGGUGGUAAUGCUGCUAUGGACAAAACGAAUAUGGAUCGUGGUGACCUGUCUAAAAUUGUAAUUACUCGCAAUCGAUCCGGACGUAUUAUACGAUGCAAAGAUGAUGAUGAAAUGGGUGAUGAAUCAAACAGGUCAGAAGGGUUAUGGAAACGUUCGUAUGAUGAUGAUCGAACUGGUCCGGAUAAUUCGAAAAGAAGUCGAGCAGAUGGAGAAUCAGAAUAUCGAAGCACAAGACGAGUAUUUACACCUCCACGAAAUGCACGUGAAGGGGAACAUGGUUCUCUUACUGUAUAUGAGAAUGAAAAUGAUCUUCCUAUGACUUCUAAAAGUCUCCAAGAGCGUGUUCAAGCUCGUUUACGUGCUAUAGAACGACGUCACCAAUUGGAAGAAGGAAACAAUCCUGGAACUACUGAAAUUACUAACGGUGCACCUAUUAGUCAGGAAAAAAAUCGUGAAGGUUCUCUUGCAGUCGGAGACGAUGCUCCACCAUCUGAAUCUCCCAAAGGUGAUAGAGGACACUUUCGUGGGAAUGGCCCAUCAAGCAUUGAUCGUCGAUCAGGUGGUUCAUUUCAGCGUCCUGAAUAUCAUGGCAGCCGUGGCAGUGGAUAUUAUGGAAGGAAUCGUCCUCGUGGAGGUCCACGAUGGCGUAAUCAAUGGGAUGAUUAUCGUUUGCGCCGGAAUAACUGGCACAAUCACCGUUAUGAUGACCGUAGACGCGAUGGUCCGUCGGCUAGAUCCGGCAGUGCCAGUAACUUUGAACGUCGCAGAAAACGUUAUGGAACAUCUGGAUCUGCUGAGCGCUCACCUCGGUCUUCUCGUUCACGUUCGAGGUCACGAUCACACGUUUCUAAAAGUCGAUCGCGUUCAUAUUCACGGAGUCCGCGAUCAUCACCUCGAUCACCAUCACAUUCACCGAUUCGACCUGGUGCUCGUGGGAGAGUAAUAUCUCGUGCUCGCAUAAAAACUCCCCCUCUUGCCCCACUAGUUACGAGUUUCAGGCGUAGUGAAUCAGAUGAAAACCUAGCCGAAUUAGACCAAUUUGUUGCACAGUUGAAGGCUAAAAGACAAUUACAACAACAAUAUCAACAGCAACAGUACAUGGCCCAGUUUCAAGAGAUGCAAGGUCCGAUAGUCAAUACUCCGGUUGUUUCUCAAACUCAACAAGAUCAUAGUCAAAUGGAAUUAGAGUCUGGACAUAAUAGUCCAUCUAAAGGUGGUGGUGGUGCUUCUGCAAAUAAUGAAUCUCUUUAUUCAGAUAAAGAUGAUACACAAAAUGAUUACAACUACAGUCGUCAUCAACAGGACUCCCCAGAACCUCCUCAAGCACAAUCUCCACCUCCACUUGAUGAUUCUAUGAGGGAAGAGAAUGUUGUUGAGAACGCAGCUUAAUACGUUUUUGAACAUGUGUAGAAUUGUUCAUGAAUCACUGUAUUUUUUGCAUCUAUUAUUAUUCCAUCUUGAAUUUUAAACUUUUUAUUUUAAAAAAGUCCUGUGGAUAAAAAAACAAUCAUGUUCAUUGUUUGUUCACUUCUAAUGAUGAUAUGAAAUGAACAAAUUACAAUCAUAUAAAUAGAGCAAAGUUAGUCUCUAUUAU